AUGAUCAUUCGAGCAGACAUUGCCGAUUUCAACGUAGGCCAAAUCCUCAUCGACACUGGAAGCUCGGUCAACGUACGCUUUGCCGAUGCUUUCAACGGCCUCGGAAUCGACCAUCAAAGCCUCAACAAGGACAUCACUCCCCUUCUAAGCUUCUCGGGCGAUGUGGUAGAACCUAUCAAGAGCAUCCAGCUUCCCCUUGCCAUCGGUUCCGGCUCCAGAAGGGCAUUCAUCUACACUCACUUCCUGGUAGUCAACUGUCCGACCGCAUACAACGCCAUUAUCGGCGGGCCCGCCCUCACCCGAAUGAAAGCCAUUUUGUCACCACAUAUGCUACUGCUUAAAUUCCCAACACACUCGGGAGUUAGUCAGGUAUGGGGGGACCAAUUGAGUGCACAGGUAUGCUACAUGUCAUCCACGGCAGAAUCAGCAACCCGGGCGUCAGGGCAAAGGCCGCUCGAAACACUGGCCAUCACCCGCCCAAGUAUGACGAACGGCAAAGGAGGGACCGAACUCCCCGAUGACCCCCGGGACGACAACGUCACACCGCAAGCUCAACCUGCCAAAGAGCUCGAGACGAUCUCCAUCUCCAACACGCAGGAUCAGCAGAUCUGA